UCGCUCUCUCUGCUGGGGUUAUAGCCAACAGCCCCAGUUCUAAUCACCAUUUAAAGUUAAAUGAUUCAUCCGGAUAAGCAACCGACGUUCAUGUAUUUUCUUGUCAUCAUUUUCGCAUUGACUUUGACCUCUUGGAUUAUCAACAAUCGAAUUUUUCAGACUCAUUUGUGUAUUAGUAGUACCCCCGCGAUUUUUAAAAAUGGCUUUUCAGAAGCAACUUUCAAAUCAGCUGAUCAAAUGUCGGCCAAAGAAAUCUUCCGCUAUUUGCAUUGGACCAACAGCACGUCGUGUUUGUUCGCCGUCGAUUUCGGUUUCAACAUCGUCAUGGGCGAUCCCAUCACGGCUCCCGACGGCCACAAAGCCGUUUGUCUCGAUCCGUUCGUCUCGCCGGAAUUCGACGAUUGCCUAGUCUACUCGUUCGGCAUCAACAACCAAUGGUCCUUUGACGAAGCCAUGGCCCAGUAUGGCUGUCACGUAUUCGCCUUCGAUCCGUCCAUGGGCGUUGGCGAUCACGACCGCAGUCCCUACAUCCAUUUCUACAAACUCGGACUGGCCGGAAAUAAGGAUUUACAGCCAUCCGGCGGAUGGAAUAUCAGCACCGCCUCGUCCAUUUACCAAAUGCUGACGCGUCGUCACGGCGACAAAGUCAUCGACGUCAUCAAAAUGGACGUUGAAUUCGCAGAGUGGGAAGUGAUCCCGCAUAUGUUGCGAUCCGGAUUCCUGGCCGAUAAAGUCAAACAAUUGGCCGUCGAGAUCCAUUUCAAACAAGACGAUCCGCUGGAACUGUUCCAGAGUCGCAUUGGCGUCCUGCAGGAACUCGAAUCCACGUCGUCAUUUUCGAAUAAAAAUCAAAGCGGGAAAUUUGUCCGUUUCAGUUCACGACCGAAUCUGUGGCUCAAGCGUCCCAUAUCGAUCCUUGGGGGUCAAGAGGAAUUCAUCGGACUGGAAUUGGCUUGGUACAAUUCGAGAUUCUACGAGAUUGCUGAUUAA